AUGAGCAAGAGCAAGCAGCAAGAAGCAGAAGACGCCGUGCACACCCGACCGAAGGUGGAUGUCUCGGCCGUGGAAAUAUCGCCAAACCCAGCAGCUCUUACGGACAGCCUGAGGCUGAAGGUGGACUUCCACUUGGAAGCACCCGUCGCCAAUGGUGUCUGGCAUAUCGAGUAUCUGGCAGACUGCGUGACGAAACACCCCACAAUCGAUAUCCUUUCCAACAUGCAACUGCUGGAAGCAACGGACUACGCAAGAGGCCCCAACGAGUUCCAGUUUUCGAUCCCGCAGAUCGACGUAUCUGGGAUUCAGUCGAGUCGGUUAACCAAUUGUGGUCUGCUGAUAGCGUCGUUGAAAGACGACAACGAAGACAUUAUGGAUCUCAGGAUGGUCAUUCAAGUAUCGGAGCAACGUGGAGUACUUCAACGCAUCAUCUACAGCCCCCUGGAAUAG